AGCCUUGUUUCCUCCCUCCCUGCUCCGAGAAACCACCGCAGGGCGUCGGCUGCCGCCCUGCCCAGCAAUGGCGGCGGCAAGCGUCAUGCCUCCUCCACACGCAGACCCACCACCACCACCACUAGCCGCGGCGCGUAGCCCCACCUCCGACGCCCAACGCCGACGAGACGCCCCCACCCCGUCCCUCCACGCGCUCUUCCUCCGCGCCGUGGACCCUUCCCGCCCCUCGUCGUGGUCCGCCGCCGUCGCGGACCUCCUCUCCGCCGGCGACCCCGCCGCCGCGCUGGCCGCCUUCGCCGCCGCCCUCCGCGCCAACCCCGCCGCGCUCCGCCCGGCCCUGCCCCCGGCCCUCCGCGCCGCCGCCGCCGCCGCGUCCCUCGCCGCCGGCCGCCAGCUCCACCUCCUCGCGCUCCGCUCGGGCCUCUUCCCCUCCGACGCCUACUCCGCCUCCGCUCUCCUCCACAUGUACCACCACUGCGCCCGCCCGCACGACGCCCGCAGGGCGUUCGACGAAAUCCCCGCCCCCAACCCCGUCGUCGUCACCGCCAUGGCGUCCGGCUGCGUGCGCAACAGCCUCGUGUACCCCGCCCUCGCCAUCUUCCGCUCCAUGGUCGCCUCUGAUUCCGCCGGGGCGGUCGACGAGGCAGCCGCGCUGGUGGCGCUCUCCGCGUCCGCGCGCGUCCCCGACCGCGGCGUUACUGGUGGCAUUCACGCUCUGGUUGCGAAGGUCGGCUUGGAUGCGAAUGCUGGCGUGGCUAACACGAUGCUCGACGCCUAUGCAAAAGGAGGCGGUCGUGACCUGGGAGCGGCGAGGAAGCUCUUUGAUAUGAUGGAGAGGGAUGUGGUGUCCUGGAACACAAUGAUUGCACUGUACGCGCAGAAUGGACUGUCGGCAGAGGCGUUCGGGUUGUAUAGUAGGAUGCUGAAUGUUGGUGGUGGCAUUAGAUGCAAUGCCGUGACUUUGUCAGCCGUGCUGCUGGCUUGCGCGCAUGCUGGGGCAAUACAGACCGGAAAACGCAUUCAUAAUCAGGUCGUAAGAUUGGGUUUGGAGGAGAAUGUCUAUGUUGGAACUUCUGUGGUUGAUAUGUACAGCAAGUGUGGGAGAGUUGAAAUGGCAAGGAAGGCCUUCCGCAGAAUCAAGGAAAAGAAUAUCCUUUCAUGGUCUGCCAUGAUUGCUGGCUAUGGCAUGCAUGGUCAUGGGCAAGAGGCCCUUGAGGUUUUCAAUGAGAUGAGGAGGUUGGGGUUAAAACCUAACUACAUAACCUUUGUCUCGGUUUUAGCUGCUUGCAGUCAUGCUGGCCUUUUGAAUGAGGGCCGUCAUUGGUACAAUGCCAUGAGAAAAGAAUUUGGAAUUGAACCUGGCAUAGAGCAUUAUGGAUGCAUGGUGGAUCUUCUUGGUCGUGCUGGAUGUCUUGAUGAGGCUUAUGGACUUAUUAGAGAAAUGAGGGUCAAACCUGAUGCUGCUAUGUGGGGAGCUCUACUUAGUGCGUGCCGAAUCCAUAAGAAUGUUAAGCUGGCAGAAAUUGCUUCAGAUAGGUUGUUUGAGUUGGAUGCAACUAACUCUGGGUACUAUGUUCUCUUGUCCAAUAUAUACGCAGAAGCGGGAAUGUGGAAAGAUGUGGAAAGAAUGAGAGUUCUGGUUAAAACAAGAGGGGUAGAAAAGCCUCCAGGGUAUAGCUCAGUUGAGGUAAAAGGUAAUACCCAUUUGUUUUACGUUGGAGACAAGAGACACCCACAGCACAAGGAAAUCUAUGCGUAUUUGGAUAAACUGCUUGAGAGAAUGCAAGAAGCAGGCUAUGCACCAAACACAGGUUCUGUUCUUCAUGAUUUGGAUGAAGAAGAAAAGGAAUCCAUGUUGCGCAUCCAUAGUGAAAAGCUUGCUGUUGCUUUUGCGCUAAUGAACUCUGCACAAGGAUCAGUAAUCCAUGUCAUAAAGAAUCUCCGGGUCUGCACUGAUUGCCAUACGGCAAUAAAGAUUAUUACCAAGCUUACUGGACGAGAGAUUGUUGUUCGAGAUAUAAAGCGGUUUCAUCAUUUCAAGGAUGGAUUGUGCUCAUGUGGGGAUUAUUGGUGACAUAAUGCAAUGAGGCUUAGGUUGUGAUGCCAUAUUGGUACUCAUCAGAAUAUCAGAUAUUGAGAUAACUGAUUAUGACACGCGUAGUGCAUUUGUCCAAGAUGCAAGGCCCAAUAUACCAGUGAUACAGUUUGUAACUUCUCAUCCUCAAGCUGAAAUGACCUGGACCAUAGCUGGAAGCGGCAGUGGGAAUUUAUCUGUGUUGAUGAUGAAGGGCAGCAUAUUUUGGGGCACUUUCAGUAGUCCUGAGUAAUAAACUUGCACCUUCAUGUGCAAGACAUGAUUUUCAUCAUGAUAUGAAGGUUGAAGGGCUUGUAUGUUGUACCAUAAUGGCUCAGCCUUGACGAUUCAUAGAUACCAGAAGUAUGAAGUCAUUUUGGAGCACAUGAAUUUCUUUUAUAAGGAUUGGUUUUGAUAUUUACAAGGGAUGAGAAACACUUUUGGAAACUUCAGAAGCUUGAAUUUGUCUGUCCAAGAAUUGUACCUCAAAUAGGAAAAUGGAGGCACGAUCGUUUCUUAAUUUCAACAAUGUUCGGUAACAUUAUACAAGAUCAGCAGUUGACCCUGCCGUUCCUCAGCUUCCUCGAAUUGAUGAUGAUAUCUGAUUUAGAGAAGUAAUACAGCAAAGAAGACAAGGGAUAUAUAGCACAAAAAAUGGAGGAAGCACGAGUGAGAAGCAGCCACAGGUUAGUAGUGCAUGUUGUUGUUCAAGCGAUUGUUUCGUUUGAUUAGGGUUGGAAAAAGGGUGAAGUCUGAAGUGUUGCAAUUUAUGUCAUAGAGUUUAUUCAAGAAAAAAUUGUGUCAUAGGGUUUCAAGUUGAAUUGGUAGAAAUUUAUGCUGAACUUUGCAUACGUCGCUGUGAUGAGGGUGCUGAUGCUUUUCUGGGUAUCUGUUGCUGCUGGUAAUAACUGAAUACCAGUUGUAGCCUUUAGGUUCCACUCCAGGACAAUCUGAACUCUGAAGCGUAUUCUGCAACUGCUCUCUAUAAUGAUCGAGGUGUCCAUUUUUGGCAGAAUGUAUCUUCUUCGGAUAUGGUUUAUUUGGUGUCUACAUCUGUGGCAUGUUUAGUUACUAUUAACCAAAAUGGCACAAUUCAAUUGUCUCUAGCUAUGCUUGGGUUGAAGUGGUGAUAAGUGCGCUGGACAGUUUUACCUGAUUCUGUUAUUGUCUGCAUUAUGGUGCAUCUGUGAACACAGUUCAGUUGUUCUUUAAGAUUACUGUAUAGGGACAAGAAAUUUGAGAACAUUUUUUAUGCUUUUGA